AUGAAUGAAGCGAAGCGAGUCCGCCAUGUUCCUGUUGGGCUGAAGAUAAAGAGUCUGUCGGAGGCGCAGAAGGAGGCCGGACAGCAAGAAGGGCCCGAGUCAGCUCUUUAUUUGAUAACCCACUGUUUUAAUUUACUCAAUUACUGCACACUGCAGAAUUGUUGCAGAGUUCACUCUCAUUCCCUACCCGUAUCCCUGACCCUGUUCCGUCUCCCUCAGGUGUGCGUCCUGAUGGCGGGCACGGAGCCCCGGGCGGUGCCGCUCCGGAAUCACGGCGGGGUCAUCUUCGGCAGCGACUUCCUGCGCAUCCUUGACCCCCGACAUCAGUCCGGAGACGCGGACGGUCCCGCCGAGGCUGUCGCCGCGGGGACGGCCGACGCGGCGGCGCAGUCAGUGCAGCUGCAGCGGCCGCCUCCCUCGCGCGGACAGCCGCAACCACCUUUCGACAACGACCCAAGGCGACGACGACCGCCGAGCUCGUUUGGCGCACCAAGCGUGACGGGGUCGUCGCUGCUCACGAAUCGGACGCAAAGUCCAGAUAAAGACCGCGUUGCCACACGUCGUCCAAGCAAGAAUAAUGACCACGUUUCAUCUUCUCCUUCUACUCUUUUAGCGUCGUCAACGCCCUCACGGCGAGCCAACGCUCUGCGAAGGAAGCAAUCCUCAAGCAGAACGGCGCAGGCGCGGCCCUCCGCUUCGCACCACAAGUUCGGCAGGAAGUUUGCGUCGGGGGCGUCCCUCAAUCACCACAGAUCGACCACGACCACGGCGAAGACGUCCUUUUCUACGCCCUUGCCCGAAACCGGGAGGGCUGGCCUGCAUGCCACCGCCAGUCCAGCCGGCGGGAAAGUGUUUCUGGACUCCCCUGUGUCUGCCAGUCCCGCUGAUCCACAAGCAGGUACUACCGAGGGAAGUUUUAGUAUACCGUACGAUGAUUAUGACUACUACUACUACUAUUACGCUGAUGACAUCGACUCUCUGGUCAGUGGUGAUCCAACCAUAGAUGCAACCACUACUGAGAAGACCAGGGGAGCAACACAGCCUGCAGCCAGGCGAUCCACCACAGACACGUCCACGGCCAGCUUGUUCUUAAAAAUCACCACGGCAGCGCCGGUAACACCGUCUCCACGUCCUUCGCGCACAACACGGACGACCAAGGCAAUAGCUCGAACACCCUCCACGGUGGACUCCACAACGCCAGAAACAGUCCCAGACUCAGUGACACAAAGGACUCUCAGAUAUCGCACGACAUCAAAAGCGAAUGUCAAAGCUACAACAGCGCCGCCUUCACGGCCCACAGAAUCUACAGCAAAAUCAACCACAACGACGACAUCCACAGUCACCGAACGGAAAACCACGACAGUUAAACCUACAACAGAGAGUGAAGAUUUCAGUGUAACAGAGAGAAGCAUUAUAGUAUCCUCUGAAAGAGUGACCGCAGGACGGCGCACUGUGCCUGCGACUACAGAGAAAAUCAGUUCCCCUGUCACUGCUUCCCUGUCAGCCUCCGUUCCCUCGCCCAGCACCAGCAAGCCAUCUUCUACUACAGAGCCAGAGCUUGCAACUGAAUCAUCUACCAGAAGCGGGUCGUCCUUCAGCAAGGCACCGUCGAGAUCUGGGUCACUUUCCAGCAGCAGGUCCUCCUCCAGAUCACUAUCACAAUCUGUUCUGAAGACGUCGAGAGUUUCGUCGGCAACAUCCACAACCACGCAGUCACAUCUCGAGAGAAAGAAUAAGCUUCCCACAUCCAGGACGAGCAACACGUCACAGUUCCGGUACACCACUUCAAGGCCUCAAGUUACAGAGAAAGCACUCAGAGUUAAUACAGAGAGCUCUGUUAAAGAGGAAACCCAAAGUGAAAGCUCGAAGGUCACUGAAAGACCCCAAAGACCAGAAAGUUCUGCUCAAGAGGACACCAGACGGACCACCAGAUUGCAGGUACCAAUAAUACCAAAAGAAACGGCAGAAAGAACCGUUACAGAGAAAAGUGAUAAGGCUGUCGCAAUACAAGUAUCCAAAUCACCAGACGAAGCUUCAGAGGCUGCAUCUCCAAAGAAAACUAGCGAAGUCAUAAGGACCCAGCCACCGAAGGAUGACGCAGAAGCUUCUGCUCCAGAAGAAGGUGGACAGUCAACCAGACUCGGAAUUGCCUCCUCCUCCUCGGUUGUGGUUGAAGUCCGAGUGGAAUCUCCCCCUCGACCUGAACCUCGCAGGAUGCCGGCGUCUGUCAAUCAGUCCUCCAUCCAAGCCCUUGAUCGCGGUAGAGCCAAUAAGGACAAGGAAGAUCCACCAUCACCUUCUCCAUCCCUUACAGAAGCAGAAGAAAGCCCAGUUGCUUCUCCUUCCCUUUCGAAUUCCACCACGGAAGACAAUUCCAACGUGUCAUCAGCAACUACCUCUUCUUCGCUGCGGACAGUUCACACCAUCAAUCCCGAACGCCACACAACCAGCUUCCUUCUCAGUGAGCCUUUGGUGGUAGACAUCGUCUCUGAGCCAAAGAUGAGCGAUCAAGGUCCCAGUGAGAAGUCGGACGCCGCACAGAGCCCUCCUUCUGCGAAGUCCCCCACAAAGCCCUCUUCCAAUAACACCACUGAAGCUUCUGAAGCCGGUGAGGACCAAGCGCUGUCUCAGGAUAAGACGCCAGCAGAAGAGAAUAAGCCGAAGACAGUGAAAGCACAAGAGAAUGCAGCGGAGGCGGAAAGCCAAGCAGCGAAUGCAGACACGCCCACAGAAGAUAUAUCCCUGCAUCAAACCCAGAGCCAAAGUGUGAGCACCUCGGUCUCCAGGACAGAGUUGAGGACUGCAGAGAUCUCUACCAGUGUAGCUGGAUCGGGAAGCACGUCUACGGAUUCCGUCGAACCAGCAGCAGCAACUUCCAACACAACAGAACCACCUACAGUUUCAACCACGACUCCCUCAAAUGUGAAUUCCACCACACUACCUUCAUCUAAGCCCAAGAUUGGCACACCUUCAGGCAGGCUUAUUGUUGGUUCUCCUCGCGCCCAGCAAGGACUAGCUCCACAGGGUCUUGCGCCAUUUGGCCAGGCCCCAGGGGGGUUGGCACCAUUUGGCAACGCCCCCCAUGGUUUGGCACCAAAGGGGCUCAUUCCAACAGGGCUGCAUCCUCAUGGUCUCGCUCCCCACGGACUCUCCAAGCUAGGGGACAGCACCAGCAAAGGCGGGGCUAACAACACGCGCUUAACAUUUGUGGAUGCGAAUGUAGGAGGUGGGGCAGAUGCCAAUAACACAGUGGGCUACGUCGUGGAGGAACACAAUAGAAGUCGCUUCCGUCUUGAGGAGAAAACGCAAGAUGGUUUCAUCAUCGGCGAGUACGGGGUGGUCGACCACGCGACCGGAGACGUCAACGGCGUCCGGUACACUGCCGACAGUAGCGCCGACCCUCAUCUAAUAUAUGAAACGCUCAUGAAGUUCCUCGAACUGUAGGGAAGCUGGUGCAUGGCAGUCAGUAAUGCUGUGAGGAGUUUCUGCUGCUGUUGUGAUAUGUCCUCUUGCUAGACAGUUUUCCAGGAUGAUGGACAGAGCCAUUGGAAAUACAUUAUUUUAUAGUACUAUCUUUUCCUUUAGGGUAAUUAUAUUCUCUUGUGAUGUUGUUUUCAUACACGAACAUAAUAGUGGAUAUACUGUUGAAUCCAACACAUGAAAGGUACAGCCCAAGUAAUUUACUUUUGUUCACAUGAUCAUAUUGGGCAAUUUUAUUUAUUUCUAUUGAAAUCAGAAACUUAAAUAUCAUUUUGAUAUCGAAAUUGCAUUGAGAAAGUUACUUGUGCUUUACCAAUAUACUGGCUCUAUCCUUCACCCCUGGAACUACAAAGCAUUGCUCGUCUAGCAUCGUUCGUCGCUAUUUAUUUGAAAGGCAUAUUUAUCUGGUGAAAAAAAACAUAACAAAAUACCGCAUUUAUAUAUCAAACACAAUUCUUUUGUAUACAAUUGUCUUUAACAUAAAGAUACUAAAAGUGAAAUUGAAUCUGUGAAAAUAAACUUAAGUUAACAGAGGUCUUUUAUAGUGUCAGAAUGAUGCAUGGGAGGCAAGCGACCUUCUUAUCUGUGAUUUAUAUUUGUGAUGCUCAGCCUUACUGUAGAAGACAUAGAAUUCCAGACUCCACUCCCAUCGUGACUGGGCAUUACCUACCUGCGUGAGAUGUGCGUGUCUGGAGCCUGGGACUAUUGCCAAGGAAUCUGCCAGGGACAUUAGGAUGUUGAAACUUCUAACACUAGAGGACAUAGAUAUACAUGUGCACACACACACACACACACACACACACACACACACACACACACACACACACACACACACACACACACACACACACACACACACACACACACACACACACACACACACACACACACACACACACACAAGCUGGUCUACAUUCCUUGGCAAUUUUCCUUUCCAUUAACAUUUUAUAUUCAGUAUUCAUAUCAGAUCCUUCACACAACACAAAACAAACACCAUUAACAAAGCUUCAAAAGGAGGUAGUCCCUUAUCUCAAUGGACGUUCGUAAAGACAAGCUAAAAAAUUACCAAAAGUUAUUCAUUAGGAACCAACCCAUAUGAUGAGUAAUUAACCGAUAUUCCACUCCCCCCAGAUCCAUUUAGCCCUUCCAAGACAAGGUCAUUAGCUAACUGACUGCCUCUAAUUACAAAAAGGAACACUUCACACAUUCCACAACAACUACUUUGUGAAGAAAGCAAUCUUCAGGUACACUUCAUUUUGUUACCAAGAGUAUUUCCCUUUCCUACAAUUUUUUCUUAGGCUGGUGAGUUCCACCUUGGCACCAAUGAAAGAAGACUGUGAAAUGUAAACCACCGUCUAUUUUCUAGACUGUAACCUUGAACUGCAGUUUGUACUUGAACUGAUGGGUAUUAUUUUUCUCUUCCAACAAGGCAUUUAUGAAACCUAAAUCAACAAUAAUCAAAUGUUAUUUUAGACUAUACCUCUGUUUUGCUCCCUAGGAAAGAAUCUCUGUGGACUACAAUAAUAUGUUUCCGUGGGCAUUUAUCACCCUUCCUUCAGAUAUUUUUGUACAUAAUAAUAGUUUAUCUUGUGCCCUUCUGGAUGAUGAAUCAGGGUCUUUGCGCGAUGUGCCAACACUCUCUGUAGAAUGGAAAAGGAGUCUGAGAUGUUAUGUGGUCAAGUAUUCUUUUGUUUGUAUUUUUUCCAUUAGUUGUAGAGAUGCAUAUCAUUUGUCUUACAAGUCACCCUCUCAAUGAAAAUAAUUGAUACUCCUAUGUAAAAAAUCAUAAAUAAAUACUUUUUCCACACUGUCA